CCACGACGCCUACUUAAGGGGUACAGGGCAGCGGAAAACCUACUAGUUGACAAAGGUCUUUCCCGGUGGACACAUCUCCCUCUCUGCUUGAACGAUGGCUGCUAAAGGUAUGCUGCUGCUGGUGCUCGCCCUGGCCUCCGUCGCCUCUCUGGCCUCCGCUGCUGACGAGGAGAAGGAAACACUCGACUUCAGCGCCCUUCUCUUCCCGGUGGACUUCGACCUCGAUACCGUUCUGCUCAAUGUGGGCUUUGGAGUGUUAGCCGUCGCCGCAGUCGCCUUACUCGUGUUCGGAAUCGGAGGCGGCAAUGCGUUCGAGAAGCAGUAUUAUCCACAGAUUGCUCCUCAGCACUAUCCUGCGGUCAGCCAACCUUACGAAAGAACUACCUUUGCCGUCCACCACGCCAUUGACGAGGCAGCGAGGAAGUAUCAGUAAAAAACGGAAGGCGUGCGGAGACAAAAUAAAUAAAUUUUCGAAAAAAAAAAAAAAUCUAAGGAACUCACAAACAGAAAAAUGGAGAUCUACUUAAGACAAAAUAAGUAAAUUGUGACUAGAUGAUAAUGAGAAAGUACUCGAAACAAAUGUUAAAAAUUUAUUAUGAGUUCAGUUUUCAUAAUGGUAUGAUAUGGCGUAGGAAGACUUAUGUAUAUAAUAACUGUAAUAUCUUUUCUGUUGACAACAAACUCGAUUUCAAGAGAAAGUUGU